AUGGUCCUUUCUAAGCCUGAGAACAAGCACGUCCUCAAGUCCUUCGACCUCACUGGCAAGGUUGCUGCUAUUACUGGCGGCGCCCGAGGUAUCGGACUGGAGGUUUCGAGGGCUCUCGCAGAAGCUGGUGCCAACGUGGCCCUAAUUUACAACUCGUCUAAAGCUGCAGAAGCCCUUGCCGAAGAGAUCGGCGCCCAGAAUAAUGUCAAGUCAGCUGCCUAUAAAGCUGAUGUCGGAAAUCAGGAGGAUAUUGAGAGGGUAAUCCAGCAGAUCGCUUCAGACUUUGGCAAGCUUGAUAUUAUCGUCGUGAACUCGGGGGUCACUUCCAAUAUCGCGGCAGAAGACUACACCACCGAACAAUGGCGUGACAUCAUGAAGGUCAAUCUAGAUGGCGCAUUUUAUAGCGCACAGGCGGCUUCUCGGAUCUUCAAGCAACAAGGACAUGGAAAUGUAAUCUUCACAGCCUCUGUCAGUGCAACAUUGGUAAAUGUGCCUCAGAAACAAGCUGCAUACAAUGCCUCCAAAGCUGGGGUCGUGCAGAUGGCAAAAUGUCUGUCUGUUGAAUGGGUUGAUUUUUGCCGGGUCAACUGUAUUUCCCCAGGGUUCAUUGCCACAGAAAUCCUCGAUAUCCACCCUCUGGAAUGGCGCGAGAAGUGGAACGAUAUGGUCCCGGCUAAGCGAAUGGCUGAUGCUUAUGAACUCAAAGGAGCCUAUGUAUUUUGCGCUUCCGAUGCCUCGAGCUAUAUGACUGGGGCCAACCUCGUGAUUGAUGGCGGCUACACGCUGCCUUAG